AUGGCACCCAUCCGACCCAAGGUGGCAGCCUCUGCACCGCCUGCAGAGCAGAGCCCAGAUGCUGGAUCUUGCCGAACAUCCAUCCUUCCGACCAUUCAUCGGCCUUUCCAUGCCCAUGUCUAUCCCAUCUUCAGGGACUGGCGGGUCACAGUGGCUUCCAUAGCAGCAGAUACCCUACCGCUACUUACGCUCUCGUGGCCCUGGCCAGAGACCAGGCGCUACCUGAUGACGUCGUGUACCUCCGGCUUCGACGACGAUGCCCGCAUCCCCCGCCAGGUUUAUGUCAACGGCCUUCAGUGCUUGAAAGAGCUUGUUGCCCCGACGCCCUUCCCGGCUUCGACAGUGUUGCCUCCAGGUCCCGACAUGCCGCCCACUGCCACCGCACAGCACCACGCCACACCCUCACACCCUCUAAGACUACGUACCAUUGUGAAGACCCUUCAAAAUGCCGUCAAUGAGCUGGUCCAACCAAUGCCGGGUUCAUCCCGUUUCCAUAAUUAG